AUGCCCUGUAACGCAGGUCGUUUCUGUCCACCAAUCUAUGUGCCAGGUGUCAGAAGAUACUGUGUUUGUCCAGAUGGAUGGUCAGGCUUAGAGUGCAAUGUGUGCAUGCAGAACUCAUCCUGCUCCACCAACGUAUGUGACAAGUCAGUCUACUUGUACAAACAGAAGUACUACAGUUGUGUCGUCACGAGUCCCCAAGUGAAUGGAGACUUGAAUAACAGCACUGCGUCAGCAUCAUUGGAUUGCCUCUUCCCCACUCCAUCAUACAAUACUAGUGAGGGAACAUGCUCGAUGCAUCUCUACUACAAGGAGACUGGUGUUCCUCUGUACUUCUCUUGCAACUUUACAUUGUGCAACAUUGAUAUAUUGCCAGGACAGGUACAGGCAAUACAGUGUGGCAACAGCAGCUGUGCGUGCACCUCUUAUUGUGGCUUCUUCUUGGGUGGUGUCAUCUCUGGAGUCACAGGCCCAUCAAGCUUCAGCUGUGACAAGUCUGGCAACUGUACAUUCUGGCAGAACAUCAUCUCGGCCAUCAUACCUGCGAUCCCCCUGGCGUGUAACUCGGGCGAGUGCCAUCCGCCCCCUCCCAUCCCGCCCGUGCCUGUCCUCUACACGCACCUGCUCUACGUCUAUCUCUCCAGUGGCACGAUCGUCGUCGGACUGAUCCUUAUUGCCACCAUCGUCUACUACAUUGUCUAUCUGCAGCAGGAGAGACGAAAGCCCACGGUCGACGUGCACAUCAACUGCGAGCUCAAGUUCAACAACAUCACGUGUAUCGUGCGCGAGAAGAAACUCUUCUCCAACAAGGACCGCAAGGUCACCACCAUCCUCGACAAUGUGAGUGGCGCCUGCUAUCCUGGCCAACUGACCGCCCUCAUGGGUCUCUCGGGCUCGGGCAAGACAUCGCUCCUCGACAUCCUCUCGGGCAGGAAGAACGUUGGUGACAUUACAGGCGAGGUGCUGAUCAAUGGUGCAAAGAUGCCGCCAAACUUCAAGAGAAUCAGUGGCUAUGUCACGCAGGAGGACAUCAUGAUUGGCACGCUGACAUGCUUUGAGCACCUUCACUACACGGCCAUGCUGAAGCUGCCCGAGUCGAUGGCGCCUCCCAAGAAGGUCGAGCGAGUCAACUCUGUGUUGGCCGAACUCGGCCUAUCACACGUGGCACACAACCGUAUUGGAACACCAGAGAACAGAGGUAUAUCAGGAGGCGAGCGCAGGAGACUGAGCAUUGCCGCCGAGCUGCUGGUCGACCCAUCGAUCCUAUUCCUAGACGAGCCAACCUCUGGCCUAGACAGCCACAGCGCCAGCGAGCUGAUGACACUACUCAAGCAGCUGGCCAAGAACAGGAACCGCACAAUCAUCUUCAGUAUUCAUCAGCCAUCAGCCGAGAUCUUUGACCUGUUUGACAACCUUAUCAUCCUGCAUCAUGGCCACCCAUACUACUCGGGCCGCGCCUCCGAGUCGGUGCAGUACUUUGUCAACCAGCGUCCCAAGUCUCUCAACGAGGAUGCCGAGCACCAAAAGUUCUUGAUGCGUGUCAACCCUGCCGACUUUAUCAUCUCGGCCGUAAACGACAAGAGUAUCCAUCCCAACUACGAACACAUGAACUAUGUGUUCAAUGAGAGCGAGAGCUCACAACAGGAUAUUGAUGCGAUGGAGUCGGUGGAGGCAUACGCCACCUCAUUCUGGACACAGUUCUUUGUGGUGGCGCAUCGAUCACUGCUCAACUACAUCAGGAAUCCAUUCCUUUUGCGAACGACCUACUUUGUACACAUCUCUGUCGGCUUCAUCCUUGGUGUCCUAUUCUGGAAGCUACCUGCCAACCUGGAACCAGGUGCUCAGAACAGGUUUGGUUCAAUGUUCUUCAUGAUAUCUCUAUUGUCAUUCGGUUCAAUCACUUCAUUAGACUUGUUCUACAAUGACAGAAUCAUAUUCAUUAGAGAGAGAGCAAAUGGAUACUAUCGAACAUCAUCAUACUUCUUGGCAAAGGUACUGACUGACCUUAUACCAAUGAGGAUCAUCCCACCUAUUUUGUUGGGCUCGAUCUGUUACUACAUGAUUGGAUUCCGCCCUGGCUUUGACCACUUCCUCUACUUCCUCAUCUCGCUGGUGCUCACCUCCUCGACCGCAUCAGCCAUGUGCAUGGCCAUCAGUAUGAUCUCGCCAACGUUUGGCACGGCCAACAUGAUCUCCAUCUUGCUGCUCUUUGUAUUCCUGCUGUUUGAUGGCUUCCUGCUGGCGCGCCAGUCGAUCCCCGUGUACCUCAAGUUCCUGGUGUGGUGUUCGUUCAUGUCGUACGGUCUGGAGAUCCCGGUAGUCAACGAGUUUGACGGUCUGUGGGUGUUCUACAACCCGCCCAACACCAACGGUACCUGGGCCGAUGGACUUGAGUUCCUGCAGACCAUUGGUGCCGAUCCCAACCGACUGUUCACCGACAUGUACGUCCUUGUUGGAAUGAUUGGAGGUUAUAUCCUUCUAGCCUACAUCUUCCUUAGGUAUCUAGUAAGGGAGUAUCGUUAA